UGUCAUUUGUUUCUACCGCUAACUACGUUAAUUCGCAGCCGACCAAAUUGUUGUCUAAGGCUGUGCACGUAUUAUCCUUCAAGUGUUGGGUUAUUUGUUGGAGAGAAAGAGGAGAGAGAACAGUAAACAUGCCGAUUCUGGAAUCGUGUUGGUCACCAUGUAUCUGGUCUUCGGACGUGAAAUCGGGCAGCCGCGCGGUCGCAGUGUACAGCGUGGCGAUAAGCAUCAUCCUCAUUACAUUCAUUGCAUAUCAAAUGGAUGGCGGCGACUCCACACAGCUAUGGAAUCCCCUAUUCGAAGCCGAUGUCAGAGGAUCAUUACAAGUGUUUGGGACAAUCUUCAUAGUUAUACUGAUUCUACUUAUCAUAUUCUCCGUUUUAAUGAUCAUCGGUAUCAACAUAUGGAUGCGAGGAUUCAUGCUUCCAUGGCUCAUCACAAUGGGUUUCAUUAUUGCGUUCCAGCUCAUUUUCGGACUGUGGCUCAUUGGAGGAUAUUAUAUUUAUUUGGACGCCACCUUCGCAGCGUUUAUUGAUUUCGUUUGGAUGGCAUACAAUAUUUACUGCUGGCUCUGCGUGUUCUCCCAGUACCAGAUUAUUCUUGAGAUGCAAUCACCCAACAUUGAGAUCUUAGUAGAAUACUAAGCUUAAUCUAAAAUCAUAAGUCGUAAGUUAGAGUUAGCUGAUCGUAGACUACAUUGUGCAUUUAUAGCAUAAAAUUAAAUAUGUGAAAUUCGAAUAUGGAUACUCUAUACAAAAUGGUAGAGUCUAAGGGUCGUAUUCUAGAACUCUACUCAUUGCUCAAGUCAGGAUUGCA